GCGGCGGUGGCUGCAGGGAGAAGGGAGGAAGGGGUGGUUUCGGAAGCUGGAAUGUGGUGAAGGGAAAGCGCCCACCCGACAAGUGCAUCCCUCCCUCUCCCCUCUUCCUGGGGCCAAGCACGAAUGCAUUUUCUGUCAGGAGAAUGCUAAGAGGAGGAGGAAGAAGGGGAGAAGGAAGGAGACGGAACACAACAUGGGAGCUCUUUCAGCCAAGAAUGCACAUACUGGAUAGCAUGUCAGUCCUCCUGGGGAGGUUCCUGGAGCGGCCGGACAGAGCGUGCUGAAAUACUGAGGUCAGCCCUGCGCGGCGCACGCGUUCUGCAACAUUUCAACACACAUGUUGGAUGGGAGUGAGGCACCCGAUAGCAAGUUAAUUAUUAGAACAGCUGGAAGUCAUCAGAAAAACCACCCCUGACUGGUUCACUAUGUGGAGCUGCGACACUUUCAAUGGUACCCAGAACAGCGAGGACCAACUCCUCUGCCAUGACUUCCACCUUAUCCUCUCCAUCUUCUCCCUCCUCUACCUCAUUAUCUGCUUCCCAAUUGGCCUUUGCUACAAUGCUCUGCUGGUCCUGGUCAAUCUGUACAACAAGGCUACCAUGACGAUGCCUGACGUUUACUUUGUAAACAUCGCCAUCGCUGGCCUCAUAAUCAAUGCUGUGGCACCAAUAUACCUUCUUGGGCCAACCACCACCAAGUGGGCCAUCUGGAGCUUUAACAGCGAAGUUUAUAUCACACUGCUGAUUUUGUUUAAUGUUUCCUCCCUGGUUAUCAUGUAUUCAACCACCUUGCUCAGCCUGGAUUACUACAUUGAGCGAGCUCUACCGAGGACUUACAUGUCUAGUGUGUAUAACACCAAGCAUGUUUGUGGUUUCAUCUGGGGAGGGGCAAUGCUUACAAGCUUUUCCUCUCUGCUCUUCUAUAUCUGUAGCCAUGUGUCCACCAAGCUCAUUGAGUGCUCCAAGAUGCAAAACAAGGAGGCAGCCGAUGCCAUCAUGGUGUUUAUUGGCUACGUUGUCCCUGCCGUAGCUGUACUUUACGCGCUUGUGUUGAUUUUACGAAUACGGAAGGAGGCCACACCCCUUGAUCACGAUACUGGAAGACUGGACCCUUCUGUGCACAGGCUUCUGAUUGCCACAGUGUGUACACAAUUUGUGCUGUGGACACCUUACUACCUAACUCUCCUGGUGAACACAUUCCUUGUCUCACAAGGAAAACUCAUGGAUGAGCACUACAUGCGGAUAUUGCAUUUCAUCAAAGAUUUGUCAAAAUUCUUAGCUUUCUCUAGCAGUUUUGUGAUGCCACUCCUCUACCGUUACAUCAACAAAAAUUUUCCUGGCAAGCUACGACGCCUGAUAAAAAAAAUGCACUGUGGGCAUCAGAGGUGCUCUCAUGACCGAGCAACAGUACAGCAGGUGAUGACGUAGGAAAGGAGAAACUCUUGUGGAGUGUGAGCACUGUGGGACUUUACCACACCAGCACAAUCCUGCUGCUUCUUACCAAGAACCUUCUUAGAAGCUCUUAGCAUUGAUACUGGAAGGCGGCUGCUAUUCUUACUGACCAAGGGACGCUUGUUCUAAUAGAGGUGGCACAGUGAUACUAACAGAAACCUCAGGCAGGUCAGAGAAGCUGGCAUUUGAGAGCACUUUCAAAGCACUGAGUCAGUAAGCUUGAGUUCUGCAUUUCUUCCCAGUUUUAAUAAUCCUGGGUAGAGAAAUGACUAAAAGGUAAAGUGAAGUCUUGAUUGGAUAUAAAGCACUUUGUUACCUGUCCAAGAAAAGGACAACGCUAUGUUUUCUUCCUUAGAAAAAGAGAUGCAAUAAUUCUAAAUGGAAUAGUCUUAGUACUCUUCUCAACAUGCCCUGUGUGUCCUUACCAGGAUGGUCAAUCUCUGGCAAAGGUAAUGCUGAUCAAAGGAAUAGGCUGUCCAAACAGUCUGAGUUGAAAUAUAAGCUAGAAUAUUAUUAACUUAUGUUUUUCCCCUUAAAAUGUGUGCAUUUUGCCUAAAUGUGCAUUUUGUCAUUGAAGUAAUUUACUCAUUUUAAGCCUUUUCUAAAUGAAGUAAUAAGAAUCUGGAAAUUCAAUAUUUACACUAUGCUUGCUUAUAUUGUGAAAAUACUUGAUUCUUCACUUUUUUCUUGAUCUUUUUAAAAAGAAAGCACAGAUAUUUAGCAGAAAUCCACUAAGUAUUAAAAUGGAGGAAAUAAAUGAUGGUGGAAUGUACUUUUUAAAAAGUAACAAAACAAAAUGAAACCAACUACCUAAGGUCCACAUGUUCAUGAAACUCAGUUGUCAUUGUCUCUUGCCUUUUUGUGUUAAAUGUUGUAUAGGAAAAGCUUAUGGCACUUAUGCCAACAGUGACAUUACUACUCUCUGUUUCUCUGUCUGUCUCUCUGUCUGUCUGUCUCUCUGUCUGUGUAUGUAUAUAUAUAUAUAUAUACACACAUAUAUAUGCCUGCUUUUAAGCUGUGGAAUAAUCUAGGAGUAUUAAAGAAAUUGCUAAUUGUUACACAUCAUAACAUACUUAAAUCCUUCUCACUGCCAUGGAGACAGUGAGCAGGGCUGAUUUUCUACUUUCUAGUUCUCAAUCACUACAGAGUUAGUUUCCAGGUCCAAAGCUGUAAAAAAAAUUGAAUGAAAAGAAAAUAUGAAAGUUAUAAAAUGUAGUUAGUUGUGUUGGAGUGUGCUGCAUAGGAGAAAUGUGAAGAUCUGUUCUGGUAAAAUGCAGCAUGAUCCUGCAGGGAGGUGAGGGAUAGGAUGUCUGAGCAACCACACAGGAAUUAACAAUAUGACUCCUUAAAUCGUCCCUGAGACUCGAUUAAAAAUUUACAUUUGUAAAACUCCUUAUUACUUAUUUGAAUUGAAAGGCAACCUAAGACUGACUUAUUAUUAAUCAGAAGUGGCAACAUAAAAGUGAAAGCAACUUCUAUAUUAAAGAUAAGGUAAAUACAAAGAAAAUGCAUACGUUUGAGUUAUUUUUUGAAAGAAACAGCUGUGAAUAAAGCCAGAGCCACUGAGAACCAUUAGGUUUAGAGCUGGAAAGGACCUCAGAAGUCAUCUAGUCCAAUUAUCCCUCUUCUUCUCCCCACCUCCCCCACAUUUUAAAGAUGAGGAAACUGAGACCCAAAGAGGUUAUGACUUGCCUGAGGACACACACGUAGCAAAUGGCAGAAUGUAAAUGACAGUGACAAGAAAACAUUAAUGUGGUUUUCUUGCUUGAACAAACCUUACACCAUCUACCUAUCUACUACAAAGCUCGGCCCAAAUGUUUUUGCAUCAAUCUUCCCUUUGCUUAGGAAGCAGCGCCUAUUGAAAAAAAAGUGUCAGUGAAAGAAAAAAACAGGUGCUGACCAUUGACUUAGUCCCCUGUACUCUCCUGACACCAUUCCUCUGUCUAUUCCUUUCCAUUAAAUCAUUAUCAGGUCUACUCUAAAUGGGGAGUGGAGAAGAUAGGGACAGGCAGAGGAAGCCAGAACCCAGCCCUUCAGGAGAACUUGAGCAUUAGGCUGCAUCAUUACAAAGAACUACUUUUUCCCUCAAGCCCUCAUCUGACCCCAAAUUGCCCAAACAAUGACUGCCUGUGAGAGCCAUUACUUGGAUAGAUCUCUUUCAAGCUUCUCAAGUUUUAAGACUAUGUAAAACAGCAAACCUGACUUCUUUCCCAACCUACUGCAAACAUACUUUACCAGACUUAGAAAACUGAAGUGAAUGUUCUUUUUUCCGAGAGACAGAUUACUAGGCUAGAGUAUACAGCUUUCUCCAGUAGCAUGUCACACUAGAAAAAGAAAGUUGGCUGCUAACGAGGAACUGCAUUUCCCUAAGAUUUUGGCCACGAUGUCGCAAUAGCAUCACUUAUAAAUGUGAACACAGGCAGAUAUGUCAAAAGUCCUUUACCUCUCCUUCCUAAGUGUCUCCAAGUACCCAUCUAAGCCCAUUCACUUGAAAUCUGAUUUCUAAUCACUAUUUCAUUGCAGGAAAGAGGGAGAAGAUAAGGAAGCAAAGAGUUGUUUUCUUCUUUCUUUAAAGCAGAAGUUCUUAAUAUUUUUUUGUCAUAGACCCCCUUUGGAAGUCUAGAGAAAUAUCCUCAGAAUAAUAUUUUUUCAAAGUAGAACAUUAAAACAAAGAGAAUUACAAAGCAAAUCAAUUACACUGAAACUGAGUUAUCAAAAUAUAUCAUAUAAAAAAGCCCAAGUUCACAGAUGCCAGAUGAAGACCUCUAUUUUGAAAUCUCCUCCCAUUCUCAUGUUCUUCAAGCCUUGAGUUUUUUAUAUGGAACAAAGAGCUCCAGGAAGAGGGCCAUGAACUCUUCUUUCAUGAAGGCACAGGCCUAUAAUCACGAAUGAUACCUCUGUUUUCUAAUCAAAUAGACCUCCUCUUCCCCAGAAUGGUCCCCAUAGAAAGUAGUCUUCCUCAAUCUCAUAGGUUUGUCCUUCAAUCAAGUUUUUCACCUCAAUUUCUCAAUGGUUAACAAACUUUCUAUGCAAAUUAUAGAAUUUUUAUUCCAUGCAUUAUUUCCAUCCACUUGAAAGAAUAAUAUUUCUGGACAGUCUGUUCGUCACAGUCUACCUGCCUUCUCAUCUUCCCACAUAUAAGCUGUACUGUCUGGAUACUUCCAAAUGCACCCUGUUCCUGCCCCCAUCCUUACCCCAACUUGAGGGCGUAAUAUUGCUAGCACUAACAUAUCAUGCCCAUGAUCCAGGUCAUCAUGCCCAACUUUCACACCAGUAACCUCAGCAACGCCCUAACCUGGAUGGAGUAAUUAAUGCAAUGCCAGCAGCUAGACCAAUGCUUUUCAUUGAUCACAGAGGUGAUGUUAGAAGCAUCCACAAUUAUAAACUGCAUCUUGGGAAUGUAGCUUCAUUAAAGUUGGUUUUAAGCACUCUUUUUUGUGGCCAAUUCCACUUCUUAUUCCACAUCCCUGGGGAAUCUCACCCCAUCAUUUUGCAAAAGUAAACCUUCUGUCCUAUUUCUUAAUCUCCCUCUGUUCUUUUCUUUUCCACUGAGAGCAGGUCCCCCGCUGCUAUGCUUCACACACCACCAGUCUUUUAUCAGCCCUCUCCAGAUUUGAAGACAUCUUUUACUGUUAAUUCUAACAUACUGCAUAAUUUGGUUUUCACAUCUCAUUGGCGAAUCUAUUUUCUUGUGGUUUCCUCUCUAAAUUCAUCUUUGAUGCAACCUGGCUGAUUUGCAUUUUUCUUGCCUCGGCUGUAUUUUUUAUUUCUGACAUUUCAGCUAUAUUGCCAUAAAUGAAGAGAGUCUUAAGUUGUUCAGGGGGAAAAAAGGUUAGAGGGAAGAACAUGUUUUGGAAAAUCCAAGGUGAACUGUGAAUUUAAACAUAUUUCUUCCAAUUACUUUAUAAGACACACAGGAUCCCAUUUUUAGUCCUAGGUUUUGGUGGUACUAUUGCUGACAAAAUUUUUUGCUUAUAAUCUUACAAUUGCUGGUUUUCCUACUAGUGAUUCUAUGAUUGUUAUUAAUGGUAAGAGAAUUCAGAUUUUUUAAAAAAAUCUUUCUUACCUUGCAGCUGUUUAUGCAAAGUAAACUUAAUCUUAGGUUUGUUCCAUCAAUACUACAGAUUUUUAAAAAUUGGUCAGCACCAGCAAAAUGAACCUAUGAAUGAAGGAUAUGAAAUUCACAUACAAGCGUGCAUGCAUGAGAAUACAAAGUCGCAUUUAAUUUGGAAGUAGUAAUUGUGGAAGAAUUAACCAUGGUUUAUAGCAAAGAAGGUAUGAUCAUACGCUGAGUUUUUGAAAUAGAUGCUAAAAACCAGUUGUAAGAAUCAAAGCCUUCCCAUUUCAAACCUGAACUUCCCUGAUUUUUCUGUAAAUAUGAGCCAAUCUCUUUAGUACCCGUAUAAGUACUGUAUAUAUGAAGAGGAAAAACCUACUGAUGUACAAAGGCACAUGUGAAGGAUCUGUUUAUUAAAUUAUUUCCUAAAACUGAGAUAUGUUUAUUACUCUUUAACAUUAACAUGUUUGAAUGCUUAAACUGUACUGUAUGUGUUUCUGUGUGUAUAUGAGAAAAAUCAUCACAGAAAGUGCCAUUAUUAACAGUAUUUUCCCCUUUACAGAUUUAAAUUUAGAUAUAUUUUGUGUUGAUUUACUCCUUUGUAGUUCUUCCAUUUAGACAGAUGUCUUUAUGUAAAAUAAAUAAAAUUAUUCAAGUUUA